UCAAACCGAAAACUUGCAAAAGCUUUUUUGCUCGAAAAUGAAAGCUUUCAUCAACUGCUCGAAUUUACAAAAUGGAGUAUGGUUUUAGAGUUGUAUUUUAUUUUUAAAUAAUGUCUUUUUAUUUACUUACUUGUAGACAACGGAAUUAAUAAAUUAGCUAAAUACAUUUUCAUACGACAAUCUCUUCUGUCUAUCAACUGCCUGAUGGAUAAAUGGCGCAGUCAUGCACUUGUUACUUGGGAAUCAAUCAUUUCAUGCGGAAAAUCCCUCGGAAGAACUGUUGCAAGACUUCAAAAAACUGUUAAAACGUAACUUCCUUCCUCGAGCUGAAUCAGGUUAUAAAUACAAUAUUCUGCGAAAAAUUCAUCACUGAAAAAUCCACUUUUAUUGUGUAAAAUAUUUUCCACUCCAGUCGCGUUAAAGCUUUUCCAGUUGUUUUUUUAUUCGCUAAAGCUUUUUUGUACGUAUCCCUUUUCUUUCUCUAUCUCUCCGUGAUGCUCUCAACGGUUAACGCGCUUUAGUGGCGCGUUCUGUUUACGUGUUUUCCGCAUCCUGCCACAGCGGGGUGAUUGUUUUCCAACGCAUACAUGCGCAGACACAUCGUAAACACUCCCCAAAAAAAAAGCGGCAUUAAGGGUAGUUUUGUUUUGGGAAACUUUGCCGGAAAAGCUCCAUGGAAAGUAGCGAAAUAGAGCGACAUAAAUUAUGCUUUCGGGUUUUUUGUGGUGAGAGUGAGAAAAUGAGAGAGAGAAUGAAAAAUAAAGACGCCUGCUAUGUCGUUUUUUUUGUUUGUGAAGCUUACUAUGCGUACUCGGCGUUUAGUGUUGUGUUGUUUAUAUUAAAACGCCUCUCUACUCUACAGACUCUCGCUGAUACGAAGCUUGAGUUUCCGAACUCGGUACGAAUAUCCUAGUACUCGGGUACUAAGGAAUCUCUCCGCGAGAGGAGCAAAACUUUUCCAGCCAAAAACUGGAAAAAACUGCAGCAUAUUUCGCUCUCACACAAUCAGUCGUCUUGCAACGGUGCCAGGAGCUAGUAACGGAAAACCCGACGUUAGUCGAUGUGGAUGCGGUUAGUGAGAAGUCUUAUUUGUGGCCAAUAGUAUCUAUAAAAAGCGCAACUGAAAAAAAGUGCAUCAACUCGUGUAGGUGAAAAUAGGAUGAGCUAAAGCUAAAAUGAUAUACGGAAAAUAGAAAAGCUUCACCUCGAAAAAAAGGAAGUUUUGUUACUGCGUAAAUAGUAGCAAGCUAUCUAGUAGAGAGAGAAAAAUCAACCACCCAAUAACACUAGUUAACAAAACGAUACUGCGUUUUGUGUGCUGUUCGAUGUGACAUUCAAAUUCAAAGGCCUGUGAAGGGCAUAACAGUGAGUGUGUGAGUGUGUGUGUGUGUGCGUUGGGGGAAAAUCUUUCCAUUUUGGUAAGCCUCCCUCUUCUGCUGAACGUACGGAAGUUCUGCACGUACGCAGUCUACCAUGGGCGACGGCAUCGUUUGGUGCGCCGGUCUUCUAAGUGCCCAGAGAGAAACCCCCAACGGUGACGAAAAUUUUCGAUAGGAGCAAAAUUGGGUACGCCAAGAAAAUAAAGGCAUUAAAGCGCAAGAAGCGCACAACAUUGUGCGUGUGCCAGCGUGCAGCAGUUUCCAGUUAAGGUUUAACUAAAGCACUAAACGAAGAGGACUAACACUCUAAAGGCGCUACCGGUUCGGUUCGGAAGAAGGUGGUUAGUUUUUGGGGAGACUUUUAUGUUUGCCUUCACUAAAGGGGGGAAAAAAACAUCUUCAAGCACACUUCAAAGCCAAAUCGAAAACCCAUUCGUCAGAAGGGAGUUUUACGUUGCUUUUUUUACGACAUCCAGUGUGGUGAGACUGUAAUGAAGAAAUAUUUCAUCAUCCAUUGUGCCAUCGUGCUUGUUUGAUGGUUGAUUGUGUUUAAAAAAGAGGAAAAUAGAUUGUUAACGAGCCAAUAUAAAAACUGUGCGUGUGUGGGUGUUGUUAAGAAUUAAAAUUAUAGUAAAAGAAAAUAAUCAACCUAACUGCCAUAUCACGUGCGAAGAAGCUUAGUGCAGUUACAUUACUGCACACGAGUUUUGCACAAAGAAAGGAUUGGCGGUCUGGUGUCGGUGUAACUGUGUGUGUGUGUGUAGGUGCAUUUGUGUCUGUGUUUGUGAGUGAAUGUGCCACACAAGUUCUUUCUUUGCAAUCACCAACUCGCGCUAGAGUGCAGUCAGGGCACGGUGCAUCCGAACGGUACACACUAUACAAAGUACUGCAGAAGUAGAAAGCUUAUUUUGGACGAACCAUUCUAGGCGCUUUCGGGAGAAAAAGGACAAACAUUCAACAAGGACGCCAGCGCAUCAUCAGUAGCGAGGGUAUAAACGACCGCACAAGAUGCAUUCGGUGGGCAUCCAUUCGGCGCUUGCCAUCAAGCGGCAGCGCAAGAGACGCGACAAUCAGCGCAAGGCCCGGGAACGCCGCUACAGCAUACAGAGCUCGGAAAGUGGUGACACCCAUUCGCCGCACGGUUCAACACGUCGAAAAUUUCACCCCCAGAAAGUGCACAUCACCGAUAAUAAUAAUUUAGAUACGAAAGUAGUCACCAGUAUUGGUAUGCUGCACAUAGGAGUCGUGUUCGUAGUUUUCGGAAUCUUUUUACUAGGCGCUGGAUUUUUUCCAGAUAAUCUAUCCAAUCAACCGCAACAAUCGUGGCACCUGCUAGGCAAAGGCUCCUGGUGGAAUGAACUGAUAUGCACGGGACUGUUUGCCGUCGGUCUGGGCAUAUUUCUAAUCAUUCUGAACUGUGUGAUAAGUAAUCGAGAGGAGCAAGAUCUCGAGAGCUACGUCCAGCGACAGCUGACACGUUCCCGAUCCGGUCAUCGACUGGAACGUGACGUGGAAACUGGCGGUCUGACCACACGCCAUCACCGCAAAGCCAUGCAGAUACAGAAGGGUGCCGCCGAACGGGGUCUGGACGAUCUUUCCAACUCGAAUGUGCUGCUGACGCCGACCAGUAGCGAAGUGGUCACUCCGACAACACCGUCCGGAGCAGUUCUGGGUGCUUCGGGUGAAAUUUUGUUGGAGAAAAUUUUGGAAGAGGACAGCAGCUACGGUGAUGCGGACUACUACUCCCGGAACGUGGGCCAAUCGCCACCCGGUGCGGAUAACGAUAAGCGGUUGCUGCUCGGCAACGGCCAUACCGGUGCCAUACACAUGACCGACAUCUAAGAGGAUCCCCCACGGCGUGGAAUGUGGGGGGAGGGGAUGGGACGAUCCAGUGAAAUCCAGUGCGGGUGCUGUUUGCGUAUCGGUAGGCUGACGCGUGAUUGUGAUGACGAUUUUUGUAGUUUUGGGUAGAGCUUUUUUGCUGCUGGAGAUGCCGGAAGGGGGGGAAGAAGGUGAGGAGGAGGACGGGGGGAAGAAUGGGACAUUGUAACAUGGGUCAUAAUUAGUAUAUUGAACAACAAACAAAAAGGAAGUUUUUCGUACUGACUUCAACUCAAACUUGUAGCACCUUGUACAUCUUGAUGUCACACCGUAGUGUCCGAUUUUGUAACACGUUAUCCAACAUAUGAUCGGGGCAGAAGGAAGUAACGAACAUGUGAAACGAUUUUGUUUUCCCCAUCUGCUGAAUAUUAUUGCUAAAAUUAGUUUUGAUCGUGCAGAGUACCAAUCCAUUACUAAACAUUUCUCAUAAUAAGAAAGCGAAAUCUCACAUCCUUGAUUUUUUCCAAAACAAAAAAAACAUCACAAGGGAUAGUAUUAGUUACACAGUGCAACAGAAAAAAAGAAUCUCGAAUAUUAUGUUAACGGUGGGAUACAGUGGAAGAUAAAUCUCUGCUGCCCACCAUCCCCCGGAGAUGCCCGCUGUGCGAUAUAAAACAAACAUAAAGCAAAAAUCGAUGAUAAAGUGUGCGUGUGUGGGGGCGAAUCAGUAGCAUAAAGGAAAAGUCAACCGGUUGAUUGAUUGACAUCCGCACGAAUCAAAUUAAAUUCCCACUGAGAUUAAUCACUGCGCGUAAUCAUCCUGAUCGGUGCGGGGCGGAAGUCUAAAAAAAAAGUCAACAUGCACUAUUAAACCCCACCAAACCGAACGAAGGGUGGGUGAGGAAUAGGGCAACAUGGAGCCCCAUCAGCGCAAUCAUUACCAGAACUCAAUCCGAUUAACAACGAUACGCCGCUUCCUGGGGUUGUUCGUCGCAAAGCUCACGUUAAUAAGCGCUUCGCGCCAAAGUUAUGGUCCGUUUGUUGCUUAAGGGAAUCUGCUUUCCAAAUGUUAGCAUAAUUACUGAUUACCAAAAAACAAAAAAAAUCCGCUUCUACCAGAUGCAUCUAUUUUAAACGCAAGAUCCGAGAAGUGAACUAUUUAUGAACGAAAUUCAUCUGCUGACCGUUACCAAACGAAUGAAAUCGAUUGCGGCUUCCACUAUUUAGCCAUCGUAACUAGUAGCAGUCGCCAAAAAAAAGGGUGAAAAUACAUGUGUGUAAUCGAAAGGCUAGAUAGGCUGUAGGCAUUUAAUACUGAUCCGGUGCGCAUUUAAUACUGAUCAACGAUCAGCAACGAGCGUGGCUGCACAUUGGCAUGCACAUCAACUAUGUCUCCAUUAAUCGUAUAUACAUGUAUGUGAGUGACGUUUAUUAAACUUUUGGAUGUUAUGUAUGUUUUACUUUAUUCCAUACUCACACACAUACACACACAUAAUCACGGAAUCGGCACGUGACACGCAGAUGGAUAAUAGAGAGGAAAAAAACGAUCAAACCGUGUCUGUUAACAAGGGUUAAUCACGAUCAGGUGUUAAUUGAAGGUUUUAGGAAAAUGCAAAAAAGAACGAUCAAUAAUGAAAGAAAUGAAGCGGAUUGUAAUUAAAUAUGACAUAACAUAUAAACGCCACUGCUAUACUUGCUAUACGCAAUAGGAUGUAAGCUACUGUAACAUCUUCAGAAAGUAAAACAAAAACAAAACUAGCUAAUUUCACUUAAAACUUUUUUACACAAAUUGUGCUUUUUAUUAUUUUUUCAUUUUUAUUUUACUUACAAACGUGUCAGUUUAAUAAUUUCAAUGGGUGAAUGUGAAUUCCAAAAUCUACCAUUUUGCCUUACAUAACAGGCCCAUGUCUGCUAGUUUGCAAAAAUCGACAGAAUCAGUACCACACCAGCACAUUUACAUUCGUACUUAAGUGACAACACACUUGUGUGUUUAAACACUUAGCUAAGGCAAAUAAAAUAUGCAACAUUAUAUGCCGAACAUAAAUCGAUAAAAACAAAAACAGCAAAAAAGAAAAAACAAACAUUUGUUUAAAGUAAACAACAAUAUACAAAAUAGAAAAAAAACCACUACACCAAAGAUAUUAUCAUUCACCGUUUCAUGGCGCAAAACGCACACGCAAUCAGUCGCGGAUAGAUAGUAAAGAAAAUGGAAAGGAAAUAACAAACAAACAAAUUGUACCAUGCUCGAUGUACUUCGGUGUUUUCGGUUGGUUUGCUUCUGUUAAGCUAUUUCUUACUGCCAAGUAAGUACAGCGUGCGACAGCUGUUUCUCUUCUGCAUUGCUGUUAAAAGAAUGAUGCCUACAUUAAUCGUUUGUCGGCCAACAAAAUGAAGUGAUGGAAAAGCGGUAGUAAAACGGUUCGAAAGUGUGUCCUUAAACAGCUUACAAGAAACAUUUGUGGCAAAAGAGAAGAAAUUUAAUGAGCAGAUUUUGUUUAUAAUUUGUUAACCAAGCUUAGUUUGGGAACGGUUUUCUCCUAAACAAACAAAACAGGCAUUUAGCAUGCUUAUUCUGAAAAUAAGCUAAAAUUCAUCUUCCGAAAAGAUCCCUUCCCAUCGUCGUCUGUACAGCCAUCUGGAAUUAAUUGGAAUCGGUUGCUCCCGAAACGAUCACAUCACAUGUUAAUCGACCUUAGCCCGUUCCUCGAUAACGUACGAUUCAGCAGCUUCUAGCUUGUGUGUUGUCCUUUAACACAGUGUACAAAACAACAACCCUAACCUUGAGGCGUGUCUGAGCUACAAAGUUAGACUGCGUUAAGGCUGCUAAUAGGCAGCCUCCCAUCAGCUGUCGCAAGGGUUUUUGGUGUAAAUGUUUGUACGCGUCCCACGAUAGGGACCGAACGUUUUCCCUUCCACAAAACCAUCGCAUCGUUCUAGCUAUGCUCAUACACUGUUGCGUUACAGCUUUUGAAGAGUGAUAAUUAUACGGAGAUUCUUAACAAACUUCUAUUCUUCUUCAUCAUCCUUUUGGAAGGAUGCGUGAAGAAGUUCCACCCCAUUCAGUGGAUCAUCCUCUCUUUGCAUGCAUUGCUGCCUGGAACGGUGGAACAUAAAAUGUAUGUUUUACGAAUAAGUUUACCGAGCUCAUGAAUGUGUGUUUAUGUCGAGUUUUUGCUGUUCCGUGGCUGUUUGCAAUUUUACUUGUGGCAUUGGCUUUUAAAGAAUGCCUGUAAAUGUUUAUAGUUACCGGAAAGAUUUAUUUUCCAACUCGGUAACGCUUUACAACACCGACAGUAUGUGGGAGCAAUAAAUUGCAAAUGUCGUAACAUGGUGACAUGCAGGAUAUUUCAAAUCAAUGUAAAAUUGUUAUAUAUUCUCACAUUUUAUAACUUGAAUUGAGUUUUUUUAUGAGUUAAGAUUUAUUUAUUGUUUAUUUAUUGAAUGAAACAAUCAUUAUAAAAUAUUGAACAAUGUAAAAGAAAAAAGAAAUGAAAUUAUUCUACCCUUCGAUCAUACAAAUCUGUGUGAACACACAACAGCAUCAACAAAACAGUGGCAAUGGCAGAAAAAAUGGUGUCUUGUGUACGUGUGUUUGUGUAAUAUUUUGACUUAACAUGAAUGUCGUUAUAUUAUAUGAAACGAAGCGUAUCAUACAUAAAUGGAAACGCAACAAAUGAAGUUGAUUGUGGUAGCAAGAAAGAAUCUCAAGAAACCAUUCCAUAUCCGAGACCUGCACAAAAAUAAUGACCUGAACAGAGUAGUAAACCUUGUGGUUCUGGUAUUUUCACGUACACUAUCACGUGGUUUUUGAAAAGCAGAGCAAAGGUUCACGAAAGACGAAACGAAUAUUACUUUAAAUCUGUUGUCAUAUAGAGAUCUGGUUUGUUUAUCGUUUUGUUUUCGGUUUGAAUCACUGUUGAGUAAUUACAAUGUUGGAUGUUUUUAGCGUCGUUAGUAAAAAGGCAGAGCUAUUUUUUAUGAAAGGUAAAACAAAUGCAGCUGUGGGCAGAAACGGAUCCGUUAACAGUAUCGUAGAAAAACACAAAUAAAAAACACAUUCCAUUCGCAUAAUGAAAACUGUUCCAUUGGUGUACAGGUGCGAGACUGCGUUAGUUACGAAGCUGCAGAACUAAUUAAAAGAAAAAUAAUAAAAGUAUGUAACUACAUCUUAAACACAUUGAAGAAAAAAAAACAUGAUAUACUCCGACCAAUUUAUAGCUAAGAUCUAUUUUCAAACUUUUUCUAUAAGCAUGUUUAAGCGACGAGUCGCUUUGUACACGAUCGUUUCAUGCAACAAA